CUCAGUUGUCAGGGAAGUAGCUGUUGUCAGGGGACUGGGAGGUGUAAGGUGGUAGCUGUGUCCGGUGUGCGCUGUCUUUGCUGAUGGGAGUCCCUGUGGAUCUGUCACUAACGUUAUUGAAACAAUCAGUGAGGCUAAACAGACAUUUUAACUGUGAACUUCUUGCCUAAUUGAAGUGCUUCUCUCAAGUUAUAAAAAGUCUUUCAGCAAGGGGAAAUACUAAACUGUCAAAAUGAGUGCAAUGUUGGAAACCCCUGAGAUGCCUGCUGUCUUUGACGGAAUGAAGCUAGCGGCUGUAGCUGCUGUGCUAUAUAUUAUUGUACGCUGCUUGAAUCUAAAGAGCCCCACUGCUUCUCCAGAACUCGUUUUUCAAGACACUGCUUUGAGUCGCUUCCUGUUUAAGUCUUGCCCGUUGCUGACCAAAGAGUACAUUCCGCCGCUUAUCUGGGGAAAAAGUGGUCAUAUCCAAACGGCUCUCUAUGGAAAGAUGGGAAGAGUAAACUCACCCCAUCCAUAUGGGCUGAGGAAGUACCUCUCAAUGUCAGAUGGAGCUACAGCAACCUUUGACCUCUUUGAACCCCUAGCUGAACAUUGCACAGGAGAUAAUGUUACCAUGGUCAUUUGUCCUGGAAUAGCCAAUCACAGUGAGAAGCAGUACAUUAGAACAUUUGUUGAUUAUGCUCUGAAAAAUGGCUACAGAUGUGCAGUGUUGAAUCAUCUUGGAGCCUUAACAAAUAUUGAAUUGACAUCUCCACGUAUGUUCACUUAUGGUUGUACAUGGGAAUUUGGAGCCAUGGUCAACUACAUUAAGAAAACAUUGCCUCAGACUCAACUUAUUAUUGUAGGAUUCAGCCUUGGUGGCAAUAUUGUAUGUAAAUAUCUUGGUGAAUCUCAGGUUAACCAAGAAAGAGUCCUCUGCUGUGUCAGUGUAUGCCAAGGGUACAGUGCUUCUCGUGCACAGGAAACCUUCCUACAGUGGGAUCAGUGCCGACGUUUCUACAACUUCCUCAUGGCAGACAAUAUGAAGAAGAUCAUCCUGUCGCACAGGCACGCGCUGUUUGGUGACGGUAGCAAAAUAAACCAGGUCUUAAAAGAUUCUGACUUGUGUAGACUCUAUACAGCAACAUCUCUCAUGCAGAUUGAUGAUACUGUUAUGAGAAAAUUUCAUGGGUAUCAGUCCCUCAAAGAAUAUUAUGAAGCAGAAAGCUGUCUACGUUAUUUGCAAAAUAUUCAGGUUCCUCUCAUGCUUGUUAAUUCAGUGGAUGAUCCACUGGUACACGACAGCCUGUUAUCCAUUCCAAAGACCCUUGCAGAAAAGAAGGAAAAUGUCAUGGUGGUGCUGCCUCUUCAUGGAGGACAUCUGGGCUUCUUUGAAGGCGCUGUGCUUUUUCCAGAGCCCUUAACCUGGAUGGAUAAGCUCUUAGUACAAUAUGCAAAUGCUAUGUGUCAAUGGGAGAAAAAUAAAACCCAGUGUUCAGAGACAGAACAAGCUGCGUCUGAACACAAGUAAAACAAGCACUUUUGUUAUCUUCCCAAAGACUUUCCAGAUUUACAUGCAGGUCCCAUCUUCUUUUGGUGAAAAACUUUUUAUGUAUUUUUCACUGGCUACUGUACACCAUUGAAAUGGGUCUGUCCAUUCUUAACUCUGCAGUAGAACUACCAGAUAAGAGGCCAUGUCUCCACUGUGAGCCUUCUCAGUUUCACUUUCAGGUUCCCUACUGUAUCGCUUUUCCAAAUCUUUUGUGAUUUUUUUUUCUGUUAAUCAAAAUUAGAGCGUUUUUCUGGUAAAUACCAACUCUUUUUGUUGUUUUGGGGAUGAGUAUCUCAAUGCUAAAUAACUUUCUUCCAGAGAGUACAGAAGCAGAGUGUUUCAGCCUUCAGUAUAAUUUCUCAUUGCACUAUUCUCCUUUUGCACAUAUUAACAAUGCAGCAUUCUGUGGUUAGGUAGGUUGAUUGUCAGUGAUAAAACCCAGAAGGUCUCACAUUCAUUUCAACGCACUCAAGGGUUCAAUCAGCGAAUUACAUUCUACAUCUAAAAUGUUACUUUUGCACUUAUCAAAUUUUUUUUCCAGCUGUGCUUUUUCUGUUUUACCAAAUCUGUGGACAUAUAUUGAGUUUGUAUCAGUGAUACUUAUUGGUAUUGCAGUCGAGCGAAUAAGUUAAAGUUUAUGGCUUAAAAAAUCGUUUUGCACUAUUACUGAUAUUCCAGGGUAUAAGUCUCAAUUCCAGCAUACAAGUUGUUGUCAGUUAAUUAUAGAACAAAGUCAUGAAGUACAGAUGAAUUUAGGCAGUUAACUGGCAGUGUACUGUGGUGAUUCAUAGCUCAACCAUAUAAGAAACUGCUUUUUCAUGGCUCAACCAGAUAAAGAUGCUAAACAUAGAGAACCAGAACAUAAUGUUUUCAUCUAUCUGCAUAAUGUGGUCCAGAGCACUUAGCCAGUAUAAGUGGUUGUUUUAUAGUGGUAUAUAUAUAUAUAUAUAUAUAUUUCGCCUCUUGCUGUAUGUUGUACCAUGCAAGGAGAUACUUAUGCAGGAAUGAUUUUCAGUUAUGUAGAUAUUUGUAUAUCAGGGUAAGUAUGACAUUGUGUCCAUCUUUCAGAGCAAGUCAGAUUGCUGACUAUAACAGCAUGACUUGGAAAAUAUUGUGAGUAAAAUGUUAUCAUUUUAAAUGUCUACAUGUUGUCCACAAGUGCAGCACAUGAGGAGUUAACUGAGAGGAAUAAGGGCAGAUUCAUAUCAAGGGAUACAGAAGGGGAACUGGCCAUAUUCUGGAAGCAGUGAUGUGCUAUUAUUUGACAGCUUCUCUCUAGAAGAUGGUUUCUUCUGCUGUGCACCCUUGGUGGUAGAUCUCCUUUAGUACAAUAAAGUUGUGCUUGCUGUCAACAGCGUAUUAACAUUUAAAAUGGUGACAUGUAGUGCAGUUAUCUUUCAGAACUAAUUAUCAUUGGCAACAUUUCAGUAGGAUACCUCGUCUAGCUGAAACUUCCAGGGGCUAGUAAAGCAGGACAUCUAUUUUAAAGGUCUGUGUGAGCAGCACCUGUAUUUAACAUUUAUUGGUGUUAAUAGAAGAAUUACAGAUAUUACGUAUAUAUUUCUUUAAAAAAAACUCUUAUUAAACAUGAAUUUAGAUAUGCUUGUUGGUUUAUUUUGGUUUCCUUCAUAAUAAAUUGCUGCAGUAUAUUCAUUGUAAAGAUUCGGUUUGGACAAGGAAUAGUUUGUGGUACAAAUUUCGACAAUCGUGGCUGGAGAGGGAAUUUAUAAAAUGUCCAUCUGAUUUAUAUUUGCUGCUUCUUGUUUUGAUUUUUUACAGUCUAGAUUUUAGUGCAAUUACAUUUGGUUGUACUCUCACUUAAUCCCUUCAAAAUAUUUUCUUUCUUAUCAUCCUUUUGUUUUAUUUCAGCAAAGCAAUAAUUCUUUUGUGUGCACUUUUGUGUUAAUGUACUACAUCUUUAAAUAUAAUGCUUAUUUAUUAUUUUUUCAUUUUGCCUUAAGCCUUCAAUACAAUGCAUGAAAUUGGACCAUCAGAUAUGAUUUUUGUAUUCUCUGUGAUCUGUAGUAAUGUUGGCAUAGACAUGCUUAUAUUGUAGACCAUACUUUUUUUAUACACUUUACAUAUUUUUGAGAAAAAGCACCCUUCUUUAUGCCAAGUAGAUCUAUGCCCAUAUUUAUAAAACAUUUUGCUAGUUCAUUAACAUCCUUUCAUGUGACAUUUUCAUAUUUUGUAAGAAUGUUUUACUAUUGAGAAAUGAUGUAACUUGUCUUAAAAUUUCAAGGGUGUGCUCUUUAAUAGAAAUAUGGUAUCUCUUGAUGUGUUAUCUGUGGGUUUGUUUUUGUUUCCUUGAGGUAUAACAGUAUGUUUUUUUAUGUGUAAAGAGUGCAAUGAUUAUAGUUGUUUAUAAACAAGGAUACAGCUAUGUACAUGUUGUUUUUUGUGUAUGUACUUACUAUGGAUUAUUGUUGUAACAUUUUGUUUGCAGCAGUAUUAGUUUGUGUUUUUGUUUUCGGUUCUGUCUUCUGGUUUUGCUUAUUUGUGCUAUGGAUUAAGACUCAGGGAUCGUACUACUGCCACACACCAAAGUGUUAUUGACUAAACCAAGAAACAGUUAAUGAGGAGAUUUGAAAUUUCAAAGAUUUUUUUUAUUUUCUUUAUUUAUUAUCCUUAUUUGUCAGUUCUGAAAUAGCACAAAAUUAAAAUCCGGUAUGGAAGGCCCCUGUCUCUUAUUACUAGUAAAUAAACAUCACUUUGUUGAAGACUUUGAUUUGCGUAUUGCAAUGCUGAAAUUAAAUAUAGCUUUUUGUUGUUGUUUUUGGAAAUUCUGAUCCAUUUUCUUUGUUUUAUUAUUUUCGAAUUGUAGAAUUUUUUUUGAUGAGGAAACACACAAAGUUUAGGCAGAAAUGACUACAUUGCAAAACAUGGUAUAUACAUGCCUCUAACUCAGCACUUACUAAACCAUUAUAUUCAUGUAUUUAUUCCUGUUCUACUUUUUAGUAUGACACCUAAAAUGUAACCUCUUUUUUUUCUUUUUCUUUUUUUUUUUAGAAUGCAGUAAAUUAAACUUAUGUUUCUUGGCAACAAAAGUUAUUGGGAAAUCCAUAAAUUAAAUCUCUAAGUAAGCCAUGGAUACAUUUCUGCAUUUAAAGUUACAGAUUUCUCAGAAAUAUAUCAAUCUGAUCUUUUAGGGGCUUUUUCAAAAUAAAAUUUUUUCAGCUAGUGCAGAAAUUUAAUAAAGUUUAAUGAUUUAUUUUUUACAUAAUCUAUUAAAAAAUAUUAUAUUGGCCAGUUAUAGUGUGCCAUCCGCUACAACCAAUGUUGUGUUUGUAAAACAUCUUAGCUGUAUAAAUUACAAAGCGUUUUUGCUAAGCCUACAAAAACUGUUGGGAGAAUCCUUUACUUAUUGGCUAAAAUACAGUGUGUCUUCAAGUGACCGUGCCUCAUACAUAUGGCUUAUGAUAUGUUUUAUGCAUUGAGUCCAUAUGAGGUAAUCUGUACUUUCUUCCUUUCUUUAUAUUAUUACUGUAUAGCAUCCCUGUACUUAUUGUCAACAGUGUUGUGCAAUAUAGCAGUGUUUUCUUAUGUGUGGUUUAAUAGUUUCAAACAGAAUUCCAAAUAUAGCAUUCAAAUGCACAGUUAAAAACAAACGGACUACCCUUCUUUUGAAUGUAAUGCACUACCAGUAUGAAACAGCUUUUAAGGCUGUAUAGUUGUAACUCCAAAAGCGUACUUGUUUUGUGUGAGGCAGGAUGUUGUCCUCUGCUUCCUGUUCUGUAGAAGAGUUUUUUCAUUAUUGUUUGCAUAUCAUUCAUAACACUGAGAUAAAGCAGCCUACUUCCUCAAAAUCAGACAUUCCAUAAUAAUUUAAAAACAUAUAUAUUUGUUGUGCUUUAGGAUUAAAAGUGUACACAGCAUGAGCCUAUACGGGUUGUGCUGCAGGCAUACAGUUUUAUCAAAAACUCUAUGCAACAGAAUAAUGGAACAAAUCUAGUACUAAGUAGGAAGCAGGGGGUGACUUCUUGUCUCAUCAUGAAGCAAUAGAGUUUCAAGAGUUGAUUAUCCUAGUGCAAAUUCAGAUUGAGAGGGAUCAAUUUUUCAGAUGAAGUCAGCAAGAUGAUGAGUCUACAAAUUUAAGUAAAAUCUAGAACGACUUGAAAAUUGAUUGUAUAGCUAUAAAAGUGGCCUUUUUAUUCCUUGUUCAGUAAAACUAUGGUUCUAUAGAACAAACAUUGGAAAACACUGCUGUAAGGUACUUGAUGCUGCAAAAAUGCUACCAAUCCUUUUAUGUGACAUGGUCUUAUAUGAAAUGACACAUUCAUUUUACUGGAUCUAUAUUGUAAAGCAAACUCAAUACAAGGCUUAUUGCAGUUUCCCAUUUAAUGCAGUCACUUUAACCUUACUGAGAUAUGUAUACUUGUAUUAUAAAAAAAACACGUAUUCUAGGUUAAAUUCUCCUGAAACUGUUCCAUCUAUUAUAUAAACUGAUGUUUCUUGAGAAAUAUAGAUACAUGUUUUUUGCUAUUUUUUCCCAGUCAUAACAAAGCAUAAGUGCACAUUUUUUUACCCAUUGAUGUUUAACACUUUUGUGCAGAUAAAAUGAAACUGGCCAAUUGAUUAUCAUUUUUAUACUGCUUACUAAUCUAUAUAAGGGAUCAAUAGACUUAAUGAUCUGGAUAGUGUUCAUAUUACUGUAUAGCUUUCCUCUCUAUGAUUAUAAAGGGAAAUAUUCGUACAUGAUUUUAUUUUACUGUUUUGCUCUACAUAACAUCUAGGCAUCACAAUCCUCGUGCAAAUGAGAAUUGUUUAGCUGUUGAAAGUUCUUGUUAAAGAGCAUUUAUAAAUUGGCUUUGUGUUAUACUAGCAAGUUUUUCUUGAAAUCCGCAUGCUUUUUACAAAGGAGCAUUGUAUGUUUAUUAGUGACCUAUUUAAAUAUAUUUUAAUGCACAGCGUGCAAAACUCCGCCUUUUAUGAUUGUUUAAAUCUGCACUUACCAAGCAAGCAACACCAAAAUGAACAUAGUGUGUGUCACUGUAAUUGCACCAUGUGUAGUCAGGGCUUGACAAAUAUCAGGUGCCAGGAAGCCCAAGUUCAAGUUUAGCUCAUAUUUGGGUUCAUCUACAUACAUUCCCAUAUAGCAUCAUUCUCUAGCUCUUCAAAUAUAUAUGUUUUGGCUCCUACAUAUUCUGGGUGGCUCUUAAAGUAACAUGAAACCCAAUUUUUCCUUUCAUGAUUUAGAGAGAACAUGCAAUUUCAAACAACUUUCAAGUGUACUUUUAUUAUCUAAUUUGUUUCAUUCUCUUGGUAUCCUUUGUUGAAAAGUAUAUGUAGGCUCAUUAGCUGCUGAUUGGUGGCUGCACAUAUAUGCCUCAUACUUCUGACUCAUCCAUAUGAAUUGCUGUUUCUUAAACAAAGGAUACAAAGAUAAUUAAGCAAAUUAGGUAAUAGAAGUUAAUAUGGAAGUUGUUAAAAAUUGUAUUUUCUAUCUGAAUCAUGAAAGAUACAUUUUGGAUUUAAUGUCCCUUUAUGGGCUAGAUUUAUCAAGCCCCUACGGCAGCAAGUUCUCACAAGAACUUGCUCACUGUGAUUUAUCAAGCAGCGGUCACGAGACCGCUGCUUCCCUACGCUCUUCGCCACCUCUAAGGUGGUGAAAUUCAAUCUCGUCGGUCGAGUCCAACCGAGGAGAUUGAUAGCUCCAGCCCGCGCACGAUUGGCUGUGCACGGGCAGGGGGCGGGAUUGCACGCGAGUGCAAAAUUGCGCUUGUGUGCAAUGUUGAUUACCUACUGGUAAUUUCGCCCCGCCACAGGCGAGCUGAGGCGUACAGGGACGCGUAUACGUGCCCCUGUACGCCUCAGCUAUGAUAAAUCUAGCCCUAUGUGACAAAUAAUGGUAGUAGAUUAUAAUAUGUAGCUAAUUGAUAUUACUCUUUACUUAGAACUUUAACAUCGCAAUUCCACUUUACUAAAGCAAAACAUUUUUUGAGAUAUUGAAAAUAUUGUAGACAAUUCAGGGCAAUAAAUUAACUGUAAGCUAUUUUUUUUUAAAGAUGAAGAAAUGUACCUGAUUAUUAAAAAGUUAUUUUCUCAAAAGCUGUUUAAUAAUAAUAAUAAAUAUCAAAUAAUGCCGUAUAUUCAAACUUAAAGGAACAUGAAAUGCAUUUUUUGUUUUAUGAUUCAGAUAGAGAAUACAACAGCCAAUGUACUUCUAUUAUCUAAUUUGCUUUAUUGUCUUUGUAUCCUUUGUUGAAGAAGCAGCUUUGCACUACUGAGAGCUAGCUGAAUGCAUUGGAGAGCCAAUAACAUUAGACAUAUAUGUACAGCCACCAAUCAGCAGCUCCUGAUCCUACCUAGGUAUCCUUUUCAGCAAAGGAUACCAAGAGAACAAAACAAAUACAAUUGGAAGUACAUUGGAAAGUUGAUUAAAAUCACAUGCUCUGUCUGAAUAAUGAAAGAAAAAAGAAUUUUAAAUAUUCAGUCUUUCAUUAAUGUAGUUACUGUUUUGCAAAGUGAUAAAUCUGGUCUGAUAAGUUUUGCCUGUACAAACUUUUUUUUUUUUUUCUUUUUAAGUAAUUAUUAAUAAUUGGCCAUAUUUUGGGUAAGAGAUAUGGGGGGAGAGCAUUCCACCAAUUUGUACUAUUGAAUGGAAGUGUGCUAUCAGGAUUGUAAUCACGCAGCGUAGGCUGUUUUAUUUGCUGGUUAAAUCAAAAGUCACAAUUAUUACUAGGGCAGCAUUUAUGGAAACUCAAUUUAAGAUUGAUAUGUGGAUGUAAUUAAAGCAGUAUUUUAUUACAUUAAUCACAACCAUGUACUUUUUAAUGAACAAUAUAAUGCCUUUUUAAAGUGUGUGUGUAUAUAUAUAUAUAUAUAUAUAUUCUGGAAUUAUACUUUUAUGGUUUAAUACUCUGUUUUGAGUUAUAUCUUGGUAAAACAUGAUAUGUGGGAGAAGUCUUCAGUCUGGUUCUGUAAUACAGAAUUUGCAAUGCACGCCUAAUUUGUAUUGCAUACUCAGCCUUUUUUUAUAACUGGUCCGGAACAAAAUUAAGAUGAAGCAUGAGUUUAAGGAGCAAGCCAUAUAUCUACAGAAUAUAGUUUCUGUUCGGUACUGUAUUUAUACGCAAAGUAAGCACAUUACUAUAUAUCAUACAUUCCUCUGCUCCUAGAAUGUAUUGCAACUUUUUCUAUCACAGUGUUCAUUAUCAUUAUUUUUCAAUUCAUUUUCUUAAACUUUUUUUUUAAAAGACAUUUUCCAUUUUUUCCCCCCAAAACACAACUGCCUUAUGAACCAGGGAAGGUGUAGAAGUACACACGUUUAAAGCAGAUAUAUAGCAAACAUUUUGUAAUGUUUUCACUGUAUUCUUCAGCUAGCUUGGCUUGCUCCUAGACAUUAACAAAAUAUCAACAGUUCUCAUACUCUAGACAUUAACAAAAUAUCAACAGUUUUCAUACUCUAGACAUUAACAAAAUAUCAACAGUUCUCAUACUCUAGACAUUAACAAAAUAUCAACAGUUCUCAUACUCUAGACAUUAACAAAAUAUCAACAGUUCUCAUACUCUAGACAUUAACAAAAUAUCAACAAUACUGUUAAAAAAAAAAAAAGGAACUUAAAUGCUGCCCUAGAAUUUUUAUUUUGUGUACUUCAGGCCUAGAAAUAGAUGUAGUCCCAUAACACAGAGAGGUAAGGGAACAGUCAUUUCUAGAGAUUAAGAUCUGAAACUAGCAAUGCAUAUAUAUAUAUCCUGUGUACCUUAAAUUGUGCCCUUGUUUUUGCUUUUCUAUUACGAUUUUUGUUUUUUGGUAUUUGAUUUUGUGAAUACAAUAAAGUUUACUAAAAACCAAAAUGUAAUUUUGUUGGACUCAAUGGAACUAAAUAUGUUUAAAUAAAGAAAAAGUUUAAUUAA